AUGGGAUCAAGUUGUAAAACAAAACCAAUACGUAAUCAUAUUCAUUACAAUACUUAUUUGUGUGCAUCUACACAAUUAGAGAAACCGAUAGUGUAAUAACAGUAUUCUGGGGAUGAGAUUGUUUAUGAUUCAGUUUCUUCAUGUGAUUACGAAAAAGAGAGGAGUGAUACUAAAUCAAUUGUUUUACGUUCUCCAGAUGUUUCAUUGAAUUCACAAACUUAAAAUGAUUCUCCUCUAAUAUCAAAAUUACACAUCACAUCAGAUGAUUUUGUAAAACUUAGAAACCGCAACUACUUGGAUUUUUAUUCAAAUGAGAGGUUGUUGGGAGUAGGUAGUUAUGGUAAAGUGUAUUUGGUGAGGAAUAAAUUGACAAGUAGAGUUAAGUUUAAUAUAUUAGAUUAAUUGAGAGCUAUGAAAUAAGUUAAAAAGAAAUAGAGUUUGGCAUGUAGGAAGUCAUUGAGAGAGAUGGAAAUAUUAGAGAAAUUGGAUCAUCCAUUUAUAGUAAAGGCUUUAGAAGUAUUUUAAGAUGAUCAAAAUUACAAUAUGAUUAUUGAGUAAGAUUAAUUGUGUAUUUUAGAUUCAUAUCAGGAAUAGAUUUAUAGGAAGAUAUAUCAAAUGCUAAAUUUACAGAAGAGAAGGCAUCCAAAAUAAUAAAUCAAUUAUUAUUAGCUAUUGGUUACAUUCAUCAUUAAGGAGUAGUACAUAGAGAUAUUAAACCAGAAAAUAUAUUAUAUCAAUACAACAAUGGAAAUGAUUGGAUUAAGUUGAUAGACUUUGGAAUAUCAACUAAGAUUAAAAAAAAUAAGAAGUUAAGUUCUUAAUUGGGAUCUGUAAAUAAUGAUAUUUAUUUAGAUGUACUUUAUGGCUCCAGAAAUAUUUCAAAAGGAUUAUGGCAAAUAAAUUGAUAUUUGGGCUUGUGGAGUGACCUUAUUUUAUAUGGUUCAUAAACGCUAUCCAUUUAUAGGUAAGACUGAUUAAGAAAUGAAGAAUGCGAUAAUUAGUGGUCAUUUCACUUUUGAUUAAGGCAUUAGUCCAGAAUUAAAAAGUCUCUUAAGUAAAAUGUUAUAAGUGAAUCCUAAUAAAAGAAUUACUGCUUAAUAAGCAUUACAUGAAGAUUGGUUUGCCAAAUUUAAUUAAGGGUUUAAAUUAAAUUAAUCUGUAUUUAUUUAUUUGAAAUCCUUAGGUAAUCUUAAAAUUAUUGAAUUAUCACAGUACUUCUCUCUUUGAAGAACUCAUUUUUUCAUUAAUAACUUAUUAUGUUUAGAAUUCAGAUGAUUCUGGUUAAGCUAUAUAAACAUUUUUAUGUUUGGAUAGAGAUUAGGAUGGAUAGAUUUCUAAAUAAGAAUUAAAACAAACUAUUAAAAGUUACAAUCUUAAUAUUGAAAAUUAAUCUAAACUAAUUGACAAUCUAUUCUCAAGUCUGAAUAAAUAAUAAGAUGAUACAUUAACUUAUAAAGGUUUAGUUUUUUUAAAUAACAAAUAGAAUUUUUGGCUGCCUCUGUUGCAAGUGAAAAAAUCCAGACUCGAAAAUGCCAGAAAUUAUGCUUUUAAUUAAUUGAUGCUGAUUAAGAUGGCAAAUUUUCAGAAUCUGAUUUUUGUCAUCUUAUGGGGAGAAAAUAAGUAAAUUUAUGGCAUUUGUUGAAUCCUACAGAUAAGUCCUAUAUCACAGAAGAAGAAUUUUAUGGUAUGUUCAAAUAAUGA